AUGGUAGCUAAAAAGGACUACCAUGCUCCCAAACAUCCAGACCUUGAAAAGAUCCCCAACCUUCAAGUUAUUAAGGCGAUGCAGUCUCUAAAAUCUAGAGGUUAUGUUAAGGAACAGUUUGCGUGGAGGCACUUUUAUUGGUACCUAACUAAUGAGGGCAUUGAAUACCUAAGGAUUUUCCUUCAUCUGCCACCUGAAAUUGUACCAGCAACUCUGAAGCGCUCUGUUCGAACUGAGACAGUGCGCCGUGGUGCAGUUGGCAGGACAGAUGCUCCAGCUCGUGCUGCUGAGGACCGCUCUGCAUAUCGCCGUGCCCCUACUGCACCUGGAGCUCCACACGACAAGAAAGCUGAUGUUGGACCCGGGUCUGCCGAUUUGGAAUUUAGAGGAGGCUAUGGACGUGGCAGGCCAGCUCCU